AUGCCGGAGAAGAAAUCGAUGAGGAUCGUUACCGAUCUUCCGACUUUAAGGCCCAGUACAGGGGUCUAUAGUCCUACGAGGACUUCGUGGGGGGUGCCACAGGCGCCACAUGCAGUGCCUUUGGGUUCGCCAACAGAGAGUUUCUCUAAUCGGGAGGUAAUACAUGAAACGGAGAACUUCUUGGAGAACCGGGCCAGGCUUCUCAAUGAGAUGCAUAUCAAUCGAAACAGUGUUGAACUACCACAACAGAAGAAAACAAAAAAGACCGUCAAGAAGCCCGUUACCCAGAAGGCCGAACAAGUGAGGAAGUACCUUGAGAUAUACUAUGAGACAAUUGGGAGGUAUCAGAAGGAGGAUACUCCCAUUGACGAGCUCAGUUGUGUUUGGAACCCUGUACAGGUGAUACGAGACAGACGGCUACGAUAUAAGUAUGGAGACAAGGUCCGGGGUAACGCGCUACCGAUACCGCGAGUGAAGUUGGCCAGUCGGCAAUUUAGCAGGCAUGAGAGAGGGAGGUUAAUUUGGGAGGUCAGACUGCACGAGUAUCUAAUAGACAUUGAAUGGAGAGCAGGGCAUUGGAGGCAAUUGCGGAAUGCCAAGGGUGAGAAGUGGAUGAGUGAGAAGAGGCACCGAGAGAGGAGAGCUGAGGAGAAGCUGGGUGUGGAAAAGAAUCGAGUAGCAACUGAUAAGGAUGGUGGAGUUGGAGAGGAGGCCUUUAGUAGCAAUGAGGGAGAGCUGGUGCGUCGGUCUGGGAACCAUUCUCAUUCAGAGACGAUAUUGUCUGUGAGGGAUGGUAGCCACAUAGACGGGGAAGGAAAGAAAGAAGGAGAGGAAGGGAAGGAAGAAGUUGGAGCUGAAGAUAGAGAAGGGCCUGACGAUCUCGACAAUGGUGUUGAUGAUGGUGUAGAUGGAAUGGGUGGUAGUUUAGUGAACGGACACGCAAUAACCAGGCACCACCACAACCACGACCAUCUUCAUGACAACAGUGGAAGCAGAAGAGAAGGGACUGUUGAGAGUAGCAUUCUUCGAGAGUGUGGAUACUAUGCUGCCGUUUCUUUAGAGCUAGUACGUGUUGUCAACGAUUGUUUGAGUGCUGUUUCCGGUAGCACGCAUUCGUUGCGGGUGGAAGAGUCUGUUCUCCGUGAACGGGUGAAGCGGGCCCACGUGAGAGAAACACAUUUACAAGAUAGCGUAGCAGAGGUACUUGGCACUGUUAUGGAUGAUGCCAACAAGCUCUUAGAGUCUGUGAGUUUGCUGGAGAACGACAUUGAGCAAGCAAGGAACUCUUCUGCUAUGGAGGAUGCCAUAGUGGAGGAACUACUGGGGUACUGCGAUCGAAGCAGCGGAGAGAUCAAUACAAGUAUAGGAUUAGAGCUGCGGGCCCUUGAGGAACGUGCUGGGCGGUUGUCGGGCAGCUCACUGGAGACACACGGUAGCACUCUGGGGAACACGCUCUUUGAAGGUUUGAUUGUGUGUCUGCUGUGGGGGGUAUGGAUUAUUGUUGAGACGUGGUUGUUGUUGACCAUGAUGGUCAAGAGGACGGUCUUGGUGUUGAAGUGGUUGCUCAUUUAA